AUGGGCGCACUGGCCCCGGCGCUUCUGCUGCCGCUGCUGGCCCAGUGGCUCCUGAGGGCGGCUCCGGCGCUGGCCCCGGCACCCUUUACGUUACCCCUGCGGGUGGCCGCGGCUGUGCCCCGUGGGGCUUCGCCCACCUCCUGGACCGCGACAGCCUCCUUGCCCCCAGUCGCGCCCGGUGCUGACGGCCUGGCGUUCGCCCUGGAGCCCGCCGGGGCCGCGGCCAACUUCUUGGCGGUGGUGGACAAUCUGCAAGGGGACUCAGGCCGCGGCUACUACCUGGAGAUGCUAAUCGGGACCCCUCCGCAGAAGCUGCAGAUCCUUGUUGACACAGGCAGCAGUAACUUCGCUGUGGCGGGGGCUCCACAUUCUUACAUAGACUCAUACUUUGACACUAAAAGGUCUAGCACGUACCGUUCCAAGGGCUUCGAGGUCACCGUGAAGUACACACAAGGGAGCUGGACCGGCUUCAUGGGGGAGGACAUUGUCACUAUCCCAAAAGGCUUCAACAGUUCUUUCCUUGUCAACAUUGCUACUAUUUUUGAAUCGGAGAAUUUCUUUUUGCCUGGGAUUAAAUGGAAUGGAAUACUUGGACUUGCUUAUGCUACCCUAGCCAAGCCUUCAAGUUCUCUGGAGACGUUCUUCGAUUCUCUUGUGAUUCAAGCAAAGAUCCCCAAUGUCUUCUCCAUGCAGAUGUGUGGAGCAGGACUGCCAGUGUCUGGAUCUGGUACCAACGGAGGUAGUCUUGUCUUGGGUGGAAUUGAACCAAGUUUGUACAAAGGAGACAUCUGGUAUACACCUAUUAAAGAAGAGUGGUAUUACCAGAUAGAAAUUCUGAAGUUAGAAAUUGGAGGCCAAAGCCUUAAUCUGGACUGCAGGGAGUAUAAUGCAGACAAGGCCAUUGUGGACAGUGGGACCACACUCCUGCGGCUACCCCAGAAGGUGUUUAAUGCAGUGGUGGAAGCUGUGGCCCGUGCAUCUCUGAUUCCAGAAUUUUCUGAUGGCUUCUGGACAGGGUCCCAGUUGGCAUGCUGGACUAAUUCUGAAACACCUUGGUCUUACUUUCCUAAAAUAUCCAUCUACCUGAGAGAUGAGAACUCCAGCAGAUCAUUUCGCAUAACUAUCCUGCCUCAGCUUUACAUCCAGCCCAUGCUGGGAGCUGGCCUGAAUUAUGAGUGCUACCGAUUCGGCAUCUCUCCUUCCUCAAAUGCACUGGUGAUUGGGGCUACGGUGAUGGAGGGCUUUUACGUCGUCUUUGACAGAGCUCGAAAGAGAGUGGGCUUCGCUACAAGUCCCUGUGCAGAAAUUGCAGGUGCUCCAGUGUCUGAAAUUUCUGGGCCUUUCUCAACAGACGACAUAGCUAGCAACUGUGUCCCCGCCCUCCCUCUCAAUGAGCCCAUUCUCUGGAUCGUCUCCUAUUCACUCAUGAGCGUGUGUGGAAUCAUCCUUCUUGUCUUAAUCAUCCUGCUGCUACUUCCGUUCCGGUGUCGGCAUCGGCCCCACGACCCCGAGGUUGUCAAUGAUGAGUCCUCUCUGGUUCGGCAUCGCUGGAAAUGAACCCAAAUCUACACUUGGGUGACCUUGAACUCAGCCAUGAUGAGAAUGACGUCUCAAUGCAACAGGCAGGGGUAUGAGGACCAGGCUUCCUCCUGUAUCAACAAGUCUUAAAUCACUAUUCUGCUUCCAGAUGCCUUCCAGAUUCACUGUAUUUUGAUUCUUGAUUUUAAAGCUUCCUCCUUCUCCCCUGCUUCCAAGAGAAAUAAUAAUAA